CCUGUAAAUCAAAAACCAGGAAGCAGAGUUGUUACACAGUUAAUAUGUGUUGUGUCCAGUGUUUGUUUCGCACGUCAGUUAUAGGAAUCUAAAGUUUGCUAUUUUGCCGUUAGAUCGGCGAGUUGUUUAUUACUGAACAAUCAACAAAACACAGUUUACUGCAGUAUAACAUCUGGACACGAAAGUACAUUAAUACAAGUUUGUUUUGCAAAAAAAAAAAAAAAAAAAAAAAAAUGAAGAACAAGAAUAUUUUGUUUGCAGUCACAUUGUGUGUUUUGAGUUUUUGUUCUCCGCGGGGAAAUUGCGAACUCAAUUUUCAGAAAGGGCCUCUGAAAUCUACAAAGGUUCUCGGUUUCUCGUGGGAUAACUGUGGAAGCGCUAAGGACCCAGCCGUGAUGAAGGCUCUCUCCUUGUCACCAGAUCCCAUUUGUAUCCCUGGCGACCUGAAAGCAAACGCCGCUGGCUCCACGAGUGUUGCUUUCACCUCGCCACUCGCUCUGAAUGUGACGUUGGAAAAGGAGGUGGCUGGGAUCUGGGUGAAGGUCCCCUGUGUGGAGGAGCUGGGGAGCUGCCACUACAGCGAUGCGUGCCAGAUACUAGACACCCUGAUCCCUCCCGGGCAGGACUGCCCUGAACCACUCCACACCUACGGCAUCCCCUGCCACUGCCCCUUCAAGGCGGGUGAUUACUCCCUGCCUGAUUCAGAUUUCUACUUGCCUGAUGUGGACCUGCCCUACUGGCUGACGAACGGGAAUUAUAACGUGGUAGGGAUUCUGGGCAGUGCAGGGCAGGAGCUGGGCUGCCUUAAACUCACCUUCUCCCUCCACUCCGCCUAAUCCUCUGUGCUUGAGACAGAAGAGAAUCAAUCCCCACUCUUCCACUUUCUCUAAUGCAAAUCUUAACCUGAAUCUAAAUCAUUUCUCUUUUGAACGAAACCAGGGUCACAGCACUGCACAAAUCUAACCUAAUGUAUUUUUAUUUUUAUUUUUUUUAUUUUUUUUUUACUGCUGUAAAUAAUGGUGUUUUCACUGUUCUACCCUCAAGCUUCUGUCAUAUUAAAAGGAGAAUAACCACAGAAAUAAGUGGACCAACUAGUUCAAAUACUGUCACAGAAUAACUUCAUAAUAAUCCUUGUCAGCCUGAUAUGCCGGAUUUACUAUGCUGUUUACAACACAAGGGGGUGUACCAGCGAAUGGCCUUGCAUCUUUAUUUUAAACACAUUUGUUAACACAGCCAAGCCCUGUUUAUCCAUUUUGACCUAUAUGUAUUAAACUAACCUGGGCUGAAAAGAAGAACAACAGUAAGCAGCACUGUGACCCUUUACACGGAAACAAAGCUUCACUGCGUUCCACAAAUUAAACUGUUUCCCUUCAGGAAUUGUAUUUCAUUGUAUAUAUUCAAUGUGCUCUUUGUAAAUGCUGAGCUGUUUGAAACACAGUUCUAAAACCAUGGCAGUAUCAUUAUAUUGUGCCAGUAGAACCUAAGGUCAGGGGCUCUAUAUAUAAUUUCUACAGUGUAAUAGCUUGCAGUCUUUCUCCUUUUGGAUUUAGCGACUGAAGAAAUAUGGACCGCUCUGCAUUGCAGUGUUUUUGAGAGCAUUUUUAUUUUGGGUAGUUCAGUGCACUGAAGACCCAUCAUUUAUUCACUUCUAACAGUCAUCUGAUUAGUUAAGCUAAUUCUGCUGUGGAUGCUGUCGCAGGGAACCAAUCGCAAAAUGUAUUCUUUUUUGUUGUAAGCAAUUGAUGUAAAGGUCUGUAUGAAUCAUAUUGCAGCGACGCUGUUCUUUAGUUCUUCGUUUCUCAUUAUCAGUUGGCCUCAUUGCAUUUAUGUAAUUUUUAAAAAAUUAUUAUUGUUUGUACUAAUAUUUACCUAUAUUGUGCAAUGGUCAUAAUAAAAGAUUUCCCUGUG